AUACAGAAGAAGAAGAAAAAGAAACUGAAGUUUACGAAGAACACCUGAAGGCAGCUACAGUGUUUUUGCCGCUUCCGUGUCACAUGACAGAGAGCAGCGACACGAAAAUGGACAAUAGCGGGAAAGAAAAGGAAGCACUUGCUUUAAUCGCCGAGGCCGAAAAGAAACUAAAGUCAUCGCAGUCCUUUUUUGGAUCGCUGUUUGGGAGUUCCUCCAAGCAGGAAGAGGCCUGCGACCUGUAUGUGAGGGCAGCCAACAUGUUCAAAAUGGCCAAAAAUUGGUGUGCUGCAGGAAAUGCAUUCUCCCAAGCUGCUUGCCUUCACCUGCAGAUGCAGAGCAAACAUGAUGCAGCAACUAACUUCAUAGAUGCUGGAAAUGCCUUCAAAAAAGCAGAUCCACAAGAGGCCAUAAACUGCCUAAACCAAGCUAUUGAGAUAUACACAGACAUGGGGCGCUUUACCAUCGCAGCAAAACAUCACAUCACCAUUGCUGAAAUAUAUGAGACAGAGCUGGUGGACAUUGACAAGGCCAUUGCUCAUUAUGAACAAGCGGCAGAUUAUUACAAAGGUGAAGAAUCUACCAGUUCAGCAAACAAGUGCCUUCUGAAAGUAGCAACCUAUGCUGCUCAGCUGGAGCAGUACCCAAAGGCUAUUGAGAUCUAUGAACAGGUUGGAACCCAUGCAAUGGACAGUACGCUUCUGAAAUACAGUGCCAAGGACCACUUCUUCAAGGCAGCGCUCUGUCACUUCUGCGUAGACAUGCUGAACGCAAAACUUGCUGUGCAGAAGUAUGAAGAAAUGUUUCCGGCGUUUUCAGACUCGAGAGAAUGCAAACUGUUGAAGAAACUUCUAGAUGCCUAUGAAGAACAGAAUAUGGACGCCUACACUGAUGCAGUGAAGGAGUACGACACCAUUUCCCGACUGGACCAGUGGCUCACCACUAUGCUUCUCCGCAUUAAGAAAACCAUACAAGAAGAUGAGAGUGACCUUCGCUGACUUUAUCUCCUGCUUGUCCUUCCUCAACAACCAACUUGCAUCCUCCAUUUUUGGCUUGAGCCUCUUACUUCCAUUCUAGCAGCAAUCUUAAUUUUUUGACCAUUAGCCCUUCACAGAGAGUGUGAUUCUUUCCUACCACCUGCAGUAUUUUGUGUUUUGUUUUUAAUCUGAUCAACUCAAACCUCCAAACAUUAUAUAAGGUCUUUGUAGAUAUGAACACUAUUUUCCUGAGUGCACACUGCACACGGUAUGUUAGUUGUAAAUUAAUGUUAUGCAGGUAUUGGCCCGAUAUUAGUUAAUAUUCAUAACUGGGCUGCAGUACUGGAAAGUUAUACCAGCACAUUUAUGUAACAAAGGUUUUAUUUAACUUCAUUGCUAUAAAAUGGGUGAGAGGAUGAAAAUUCACUUGAUCUAUACAAUGUUUUUCAGAAUGUGCUUUAGAAUAAACUAAAUUGAC